AUGGGCAUCUUCGCAGGAUCUCGUCGAGCCAGCCGGAUCUUGCGCAUUCGGUUAUGCGGACCGCUCUGGGAGCAAUGCCAGCGCUUCAUCAUGAAGAUCAUGCUCGGACAAGUCAAGCCGUCGAAAGCGCAGAGUCGGACCAUUGGAUCUAUAGAGGCGCUUCUCUUGCUGUCCGAAUGGCAUCCUCGCGCGCUGCAUUUCCCCACUGCUGCUGAUGGCUGGGAUUGCGAGCUCAUGAUCGGCGCGAACAACACCACAGAGGAAGGCGCGAAGCUGUUGGAAGGAGAUGUAACGUCCAACCGAUGGCUUGAAGAUGUCAUUGAGCCCGCAAAGCGUUCCGACCGUAUGUCAUGGAUGUUGAUGGGCUGCGCGUUGUCACUGGCACAAGAGCUGGGUCUCUUCGAAGACAACGCUAGGAUCGACAAGGACCAAGUGUCUUACCCAAAGUUCACUACUGAGUACCUCAUCUUACGAAGGAUCAGAGCUCGGAAGCUACUAUAUGUUCUGCUCGAGCAGCUUUCAUGGAGGCUCGGUUGCACAUCGAUGAUCCCGCAGAGUCUUAAUCAUGCUCUGAUGGAGAAGAUACCAGUCGACUCUGCAACUGGUGCAGUCGAGCAAUGGCAAUCCUUCAUGAGCGCCUGGGUCGAACUCACAAAGCUCGCGCGCUCAAUUUCAGACACCAUCUACCCGAACACAGCCACGACACGAAGCUUACUACGCACCGGUCGCUACAUCGGGCUCCUCGAACAUUUCCAGCCACUACUAGUAUCAUGGCGGAAGAAGUACCUCGACCCAUGCAAGCUCAAAGUCGGCCUCCACGACAUGCUCCACAUCGAAUACCAAUACGUCCGCAUCUACACAAACUCGCUCGGUAUGCAAGCCGUCGUCGAACGUACACUCGCAGAAACCGAUCCGGAUGUGCCGCAGGAAGACAACCUUCCCUUCAACCUCGAGCCGCGAGACUACGACUUCAUCCAAGAAGUUGUCGACGGAAGCUGUCAGAUCCUGCAAAAGGUCUGCCAGCUCUCUGAAACCGGGGCGCUGCGGUACUCGCCUGUCAGGAUCUUCUUGCGGAUAACAACUAGCUCGAUCUACUUGAUCAAAGGGUUGAGCCUGGGUAGUAGGAAUGCCAAGUUGCAGAGUUGUUUGGAUAUCCUGGACGCGGCGAUCAGGGCUCUUCGUGCUAUCCUUCGUCGUGUCCUCCCGUCCACCCCGCCUGCCCUCGCGCGCAACAUCCACCCCCCACAAUACCUCACAUAA